CCCAGUUGUCGGUGGGUGUCAGUCGCUGUUGGUGCAGCUCGGUGCCACUCUGCUCUUCUUAGCUGUUUUGUGCUGGUUCGCUUCCUGUGCUCUUCACUUUAACCAGAAGAAUGAUGGUGGUGUUGAGAGGUGUGGGCAUGGUGGUGAGUGUGGUGGUGGUGUGGGUGACCAUGGUCUCACAUACCGUCCACGCCAGCGACGGCUACUGCGGUUACAAGACUGUGUGGCUGGACAAGACUGUCUACAGACCAGUGCCCUACUACCAUGGGGGGAAAUCUGUCGAAAACGCCUACGAGCCCGUCUACCUGACCACCACUGUGCUCAAUAAGCAGUCAGUCCCUUACUUCAUCACCCAGACCCAGAACGUACCCCAGUUCGUGACGAAGAAGGCGACACUGCCGCAGUACAUCACUCAUACUGUCAUUAAUACCCAUCCCAAGUACGUGACUGUAACGGAGAAGUCUUACGUCACAGUGUACGCUACCAGGACGCGCAAGUCUUAUGAAACGGUGUGUCCCAAAGGUUAUGGACAUGGUGGACACGACGGAGGAUACGGACACCGCUGAGCUGUUCCCUGUUGGAACAAAAAAGGGAGGGUACGCAACACAAUCUCUCUGGCGGUGCUGGAAGUUGACCCCCACAACAAUCUCUUGCUGAAUUACAACUUUUCCACGGAACUUCCCGACUGUAGUAUAAAGGAAAUAAGAAAAGGAAGAAAAAGACGGAUACCCCGGGAAAUAUUUGGAAGAUAUAUGAAGUGCAUCUAGUCGUUCUUGUAACCCAGUAGUAUUGUGCCCUCGUCUUAAUCUACACUACAAGUAGACACUAUAUGUGUGUUUUGUACAUUUCUUUCUGUUAUUUGCUUCAUGGUAAGGCAAUCGUCUGGAUGCUGGUCGUUCAGACGAUGUCACAUUUCUAGUCGUACACUUGGCUAGGUUAAUUGCACUCUUCUUAAGGACAGAAUAAAUAACAUAUCGUUUUAA